UUAUAUUCCCCUAAAUAUAUACAUAUAAUAAAUAGAGAAGCUUGCAUGAAAAAAAAACAAAAGUAAUAAAUAUGUACCAAGCAAACGCAAUAUGCAGAAAUUGUGAAAAGUUGAUAUGUACAGUUUCUACCUAUAUAUAUGUAUAUAUAUACCUCUGGAAAAGAGGAUGUAAUCAAUGACGCGAGAACUACAAUUUAUGUGCGGAAAAAUAGAACAUUUCAUCACAACUAAAAUAGAAACGAGUGAGCGUCAUUGUGUGCACCUGUGUCAACUAAUACCUACAUUUACAUAAGUUAGCCAAAACUCGGCAUUAAAUAUGAAUUGUUUAAAUUGAUUCGGACACUAGUGGUGGUUUUGUGGUUCAACAAAAUGAUGUUUAAAAAGAUAUUAUUUUUAUUAACAAUAUUAAAAGUUAAUAGUGUUUGUAGUUCUAGAAUAUUGGCUGUGUUUCCUAAUUCAAAUCCUAGUCACCAUAACUUUUUUAAACCUAUUAUAAACGCUUUAAUAGACAGAGGUCACCAACUUGUUGUUAUAACUGGUAUUUCUGGCUACAAAAAUGAUGAAAAUGCUGAAUUUGUUACUGAAAUCGAUAUUCAGAAUUUAUCUAAAACAGCAUGGGCAGAUACUAUGAAAGAUAUUACAGUAGACAAUUCUUUAUACAAUCAAAGAAAAAAGGCCGCCGGCAUAUCUUACAUUGUAGCUGAAAAAAUAUUAAACGUUCCAGAAAUGCAAGAUCUUUUAAAUGACAAAGACCAAAAAUUCGAUAUGAUUAUUGUAGAAUGUUAUCAAAGACCAUUUUAUUAUUUAUCACUGAAAUUUAAAGCAGCAUUAGUAUUAAUAAGUUCAGUAGGACCAAUGCUCGGCGAAUAUGUAGGAAUAUCAGAUCACUGGAUAUUAUAUCCCGAUAUGAUGAGAAGAAAAUACAAUAACCUUACGAUAUGGGAUAAUGUUUUAGAUAUAUAUAAUAAUAUUAAGAUCGUGCAGCUACGAAACGAGCAAGAUGAAUGGAUAAAAUCAAUGGUUGAGAAAAUUGAUGGUCAUGCGCCGAAUAUGAAGGUUUUAUAUGAUAGUGUGGAUCUGAUGAUUGUAAAUGAACAUAAAACGUGGGACUUUAACAGGCCGGUACCUUUGUCAAUGGUAUAUUUAUAUGGAACGCUCAUUAAACCUCGAUCCGAAAUAUCCAAGGACAUAACAGCCUUCAUUGAUUCUUCUCCAAAUGGCGUGAUUUACCUAAGUUUUGGGACGUCUGUGAGCGAAUGUCAACUACCUCAAGAUAAACUUCAAAUUAUGCUAAAAGUAUUUUCUGAGCUUCCGUACAAUGUUCUCUGGAAGUGGGGUGAUGAUUUGCCUGGGAAACCUCAGAAUGUUCUCGUGCGCAAGUGGUUUGAUCAAGCUAAUAUUCUUAAGCAUCCCAAAAUUAAGCUGUUUAUAACUCAAGGCGGUGUGCAGUCAAUAGAAGAGAGUAUUGAGGCCGCAGUACCUAUGCUUGGUUUGCCGAUAGUGUUUGAUCAAUUGGGUAAUGUAGACAAAAUGGUACGCUUUGGAUUUGGCAAGAAACUAGAUAUAUUUACAAUGACAGAAGAUGAAUUUAGAGAUGCUGUUAAUACGUUGAUUGAUAAUAAGAGCUAUCGCCAGAACGUGGAGAAAAUACGAACCCUAUUUUUAGACCUACCUCAGAAGCCCUUAGAACGAGCAGUUUGGUGCAUCGAGACUAUUCUACGUCACGGCGGGCGCCAUCUGCGGUCGCCAGCCGCAAACUUACCGUGGACUGAAUACUAUGAAGUAGAUUUAUUCCUUAGUAUACUUAUUGUUUUACUAGUAUUGAUAGUGAUAGUUAUUAUGUUGGUGAGAAGGCUGCAGAAAUUUAUUUAUGAAGUGUUCAGAACGGAUAGGGUGAAGAGUUAUUAAAUUUGUUUUCCAGUAGAUUGGAAGAAUUAUUAAAAGAUUAGUAAGAGGUUGUUUUAAUACAGUUGUACCUAAAUGUAACAUAAUGUAAUAAAUUUUUUUGAACUAAGAACUUUAAACAAAAGUAAGGUAAAGUAAAGUAAAGGUCUCUUGAUUAGUGUACCACUAUGAAAUGAGGCUAAGCUGUCAGAGGAUGACUAAUGUCAUUUUUUGUUGAGCCCAAUCUGCAAUGGUUUGUGAGUCUUCAUGCUAAUGUACGAGAAAGUACACACGGCUCAAGAUAAACUUGGUACACCAAUACAACAAUCGAGGCGGAGUGCCACAGCUAUACCAGAUCCCACCGUACUUUGAUCAAAUCGUGGACGUCCUGGAGAAAUGUUAAGAGAACCGAUGAGCUUACAUGAAGAGAGUUAUGAAACUGGAUGAAGUGAAGUGGUCUUUGCCCACUCCACU